UUCUCUGUUUCGAAUCAACCCAGAGAAGCGCCUUUGAUCUUUUUCCCGAGAAAGAGCGAGAAAGUGAAGAGACGAAACCGCUUCCUUUUAGGCUUUCCCUUUUGGUGAACGACUUUAGGGUUUGGCUCCUAGCCGUUGAUGCCUCGUCUUCUUCUCGUCGAUUGUGAUUUCAUUUGGUUCCAGAUUAGCUAGGGUUUAUAUUCUUUUAUUUUUGUUUUUGGAUUUUGAUUCAUGGCGGAGACUUCCAGGGGCAGAGUCACCAUUUCUCUUGGGCGUAGUGGCCAAGUAGUGAAGAAGGAAUCAUCUGGGUCAGAUAUUUCUUUCAAUGAGUCUAUGCCUGCUGUAGGGACAAAGCGGUCUGUAAGAGAUAGGUUAGGAAGUAGUGGAGAUGGUCACUUGCCAAACGGAAGCCUUUUUAAUGGCGGCAGCAAACGCCAACAAGGAGAUAUCAGUACAUCGGGUUCAAGAGCUAACGGUUCUAAUGAUGUGCGCAUUGGUAAGGAUGACCUUCGGUUAAAACUCAUGCGGAAAAAUGCCUCUAGGAGAGCGCAUAGUAAUGGUGACCGGAAGGUUGAGGAUCUUCGUGAUAAGCUGAAAAAGGCAGUUAGGCCUCCGAUGCCCACUCCUGAUGUACGGCAGCGCCUGCCUGAACCAAAAGAGACAGGUUUCUUUGAUCGAAUUCCUUCAACAAGAAGUGCCGAUGAUUUACCUAAGAUAGACUCAAAUAGAAAUUCAUAUUCGCCUUGGCCAGUGGAUCAUCUAAGACGAAGAUCACCAGAUAGGAUUCCAAGUACGUCUAGGGGUCUCUCUCCACAAAGGAACGUGGAAGAAAUUCCGAGGAGACCAUUAAACAGGACAAUGGAUGAUGUCAGAUCAGUUCCAUAUAUGAGUAAGGAUGUUAUCGAUACGACAAGGCCUAUGGGUACUGUAGGUUUUACAUCAAAUUCCGCAUUACCUCCUGGCCCUUUAAAGCCUGUGGCACCGAAUAUGAGCCAACUUCCACCGCUGAGUAGCAUCAUAUCAAAAAGUCCAUACAUGGUUGAGGAACAACAAACUGUUGAUGGCUUGCUACAUUCACUGGGACUGGGAAAAUAUGUUGUUAUUUUUAAGGCUGAGGAAGUGGAUAUGACUGCAUUGAAGCAGAUGGGAGAAAAUGACUUGAAAGAGCUGGGAAUACCCAUGGGGCCUAGGAAAAAGAUUCUUCUCGCUCUCUUGCCUCGUUCUAAAAGGCAACCAUGAUUGUUAUACCUUAAAAGCAAGAUACAAUGGAAUUGUCUCUGCUACGUCUAAUCCUGGGAGCUUGAAGGUGCAGAUCUAUUACAGGAGGUGACUGCUGUGUAUUAAUUCUCGUAUUGGGUUAUGAAGUGAUCUUUGAAAUCAGCUCACAUUUUUGCAUAAAAAAGUCAUUCUGUUAUUGUUACUAAUAGCUAGUGGGACCUGGGAAGAAAUUUUGAAAUCUAGAGUUUUAACCUUUCUUUGCACUGAAUAUCGUUCAAUUGCCUGCUCAUUUAUGACCUGAAGUGGAAUUUCGCUUACUAUUUUGUAAAUUGGAAUCAGCUAAUCUUGGUUGGUAAAAGCAUCAUGUUUAUAUUCGUGUACGAUUUAUUAUAUACGUCCACAUGAAUGGUAUAGUCGUUAUUGAAGCUUGUUGCACACGAGCGUUUAUAAAAUUCUUAGAAAGUUAUGUCAUAGUCUAUUUGAG